UGCAUGACUUCAUCCUUCCGCCCGGGUUUCCUCCCCGCCGCCGCCGCCGCCGCCGCAGACCGGCUCCCGGCUCCCGGCGCGGCUCGGCCCGGCCCCGCCAUGUCGCAGGUGCUGCCCUACGGCGAGGACAAGGUGGGCCGCUACGGCGCCGAGCCCGAGGCGGGGGAGCUGCCCUUCAGCUGCCGCCUGCAGGACACCAACGCCUUCUUCGGGGGCAACCAGGGCAAGCGGCCCCCCAAGCUGGGACAGAUCGGCCGCGCCAAGAGAGUGGUGAUCGAGGAUGACCGGAUAGACGAGGUGCUCAAGGGCAUGACGGAGAAGUCGCCGCCGGGGGUGUAAGCCGGGACCCUCCGCCAGGACCCGCAGGCCGUGCCCUGCUCCCAGCCUGCCCGGCCCUGCAUGCUGGCUGGACCGCGACACGGAGGGGGACGCCGUGCCCGCGCCCCCCAUCCCGGCCCUGGGGGGGCCCCGCGGCCACCACCCCCCCCCGAGCCAUGCACUUUACCCCUCCGCCCCCCCCCGGGGCUG